UAAAAUGUUACCAAGUAUGGAAAAUAUUAUUGGAUUGGAUCAAAUUCACUGUUACUGGGGUUGUUUUGUGUGGCAGUAUGAACAUAAGAUGUUACUGGAAUUGAUUAUGAAAGGUCAUCCUGAGCCCCAUAAAAAGAUUGGUGGAGAAAUUUGUGCUUUCCAAGUCCGCAUGCAUCCUAUGUGGAAAAGCAAAUGCUUCUUUCUCAUUAGGGAGGAUGAAUCUGCUGAUGAUUUUAGCUUCCGUAAAUGUGUGGAUCAUAUUCUUCCCUUGCCUGAAGCGAUGCAAGUGAAACAUGAUGCAAACAGAGCAUUAGGUGGUUCUGGUGGAGCAAAGCGUCGUGGUGGGAGAGGAGGUUCACGCGGACAUGGGAGAAAGGGAAAGUCCAGACAUUGAGUGCAGUGAGUAGCUACUCUUAGUCUUGGUUGUGUUUUAAGAUUUUAGUGUUUCUAUGAGCUUGUUCCAUGUUUCCUUCUACUAGUAAAUGUAUUACUCAGAUUUGACUUUUUAAUUGAUAGUGAAGCUACUCUCUCCCGAGGAAGAUGGUCACAUUGACUGUACCGCAUAAA